AUGUUUUCACAACGAGCAAGAUUGUAUCGCUUUGAUCAGUCUGCACAACAGUGGAAAGAACGGGGAAUUGGAAUUCUAAAACUCUUAAAACAUUCAAAAACUGGUAGAAUUCGCGUUCUCAUGAGAAGAGAUCAAGUUUUAAAAGUGUGUGCAAACCAUUAUAUCACCUCUGCUAUGGAAUUGCGUCCCAAUACUGGCUCCGACAGAUCUUGGGUUUGGUGUGCUUUGGAUUUUUCUGAAGAAGAAGCAAAAGAUGAACAAUUAGCUGUGAAGUUUAAGACACCUGAACUAGCUAUGAACUUCAAAGACGUUUUUGAAAAGUGUCAAAAAAUGAUCAGUGAUCUUCCAGCUGUAAAAGAGGAAGUGAUAAUUGAAAAUCCAUCCAGCAGUUCAGAUGCUAAAGCCGUCACUCAGGUAUUUUUGCCAUUUGCAUUUAUCAUCAAUUAA